AAUCGCCCCUAGUUGAAUUGACACGGUAUUUUAAGAGUGGAUUUAAAGUGUCAGUGAUGGAUUAACAAGAUCUCUACACUCUAAAGACUAUUGAAGUUACUCGAUAUUUUAAAAGUGUUUUUAAAGUAUAAGUGACAAAUAAGAUCUACAGUUCCCGCGUAUUUUGCCAGUGUUGGCGGUGGGGGUAGGGGGUACAUUUUGGCUGAACUACAGCGCUUCUAUAUGAAUUGAAACGGGACUUUGAGACUGUUCUUACAGUCCUACUGAGAAAUUAACAAGAUUUCUACGUUCAAAACAGAAUAAACGGCCUUGAGAAGCCGGCUAAAAGUAUUUGUGGCCUUGGAAAACAGUUGCAGUGAGAGAAUUUAGCUGCUUUUAUCACCGACAUACAUGCACUCGUCUCCACAUCUUAUUACUGGACUUAAAGGCCACAAAACUGAACCACAGAGGCACAACUACGUUAUCAGGUUUAUACGUGCGACCCCAAACAAGAAUGAAAAUACGUACCCUACGCAAUCAGCUGAGGGGAGGAGCCUGGACGAGGAAGAGGAAGAGAGCGGAUGGAUCACUGAUGAUCGCCGCCAUAAUGCCCAAUGGCUUCCAGACGAUGACCUUUCACCCCAACCAUGGCGCCAAUGUUAUGCUGUAUGAUGACAACACGGUGGCGUACAGGAAGGCAAGUUUCGCCAAUGCUGUCACCAUCAGCGAGCGUCCUCUUCUUCCGGGGGAGAUCUUCCUGGUGGAGAUAGAGAAGACAGAGCCGGGCUGGACGGGGCAUAUGCGUCUUGGCCUCACCCAGCUUAACCCCGCCAGCCCAGACCUGCUCAAGCUGCCCCCUUACUCCCUGCCAGACAUGACCAAUAUGGGCAACUCCUGGAUCUGCGCCAUCACCAAGAGCCAGAACCGCGUACAACAAGACACAGAAACAGAGCCAGAGAGGGAUGCUGCCGUUGCCGUCGCUGCCGCUGCUGCUGCUGCCACAAACCCAGCCUUAGGCCUGGAGGAUGGGGGGGGCGGGGGAGGCCAGGAGUGUUCCCCCGCCCCCCCCGUAGAACAAGAGGAGGAGAAUUUAGGAGUAUUUCAUUUGCGCAAUCGUCGGCGAGCCCUGGGAGGCAUGGUGGGGCGUGGGUUGGAGUCCAUAAUGUUUGGAGAGUACCUCAAGACAUCAAGGGGCCUGGUGCCUCGCUCUUCCCUCCAGCCCACGCCCUACGCCAUCACCUCACCCUCCGGACGCCGCAUCACCUUGAAGAGAGACAACAUUCUCCCCACAGAUGAAGGAAGUCGAAUAGGUGUCAUUUAUCUGCCCAGGGGUAACCUAGCUGAGAUGCACUACAUAAUCAAUGGCGAGGACCAGGGUGCCUUCACCAAGAAACUGCCCUUUGAACAGGCGCCCCUCUAUGCUGUGGUGGACGUCUAUGGCACCACCAAGCAAGUGCGGAUUGUGCAGCUGUAUGGAGUGACGUCCCUGAAGAGUGCUUGCCGAGACACCAUCGUGAAGCACAUCGCCCAGCAUGGAGUGAACGCGCUGCCUCUCCCUAGAACACUGAAGGAUUACCUCCUCUUUGAGAGCUGAGGCUGCCUGGUCACCCGCCAUUCACCCACAGACACCCACUGGAGAGAAGAGGAUAAGUGAGUUACAGCCAAGGAGGAGAGUGAGAGUUGACUGGAGAGACACUUUUCCUCCCUCCAUCCACCCGUCCCUCCUCCCUCCCUUGGUUUCCACUGGAGAAGUCAUCCACCUACUACGUACUACUACUACUACUACUAUUGCUACUACUACUACUACUACUACUACUACUGAGAGAAAGAGUGAAUAUUUGGUUAUUUAUACAUGGUAACUAUUGUACAUUGGACUUUGCUCAGUUAAGAGAGAAAGAGAGAGAGGGGGAGUAGUGAAGACAAGAUGGGUGAAUGAAUGACUGGUUCCUUGCAUUUGGCAAAAGUUAUUACAUCAUUUUACUGAAGUGUAACUAGAAGGACUCAAAAGUUUAGUUCAUUACAUAUUUGAAACUGUAUGUAUGUAUGUAUUUUUGGGAGUAUAAAUAUGUAUAUAGAUGUGUGUGUGUGUACAGUCUGGGAGAGGCAUGGCAAACAAAACAAGGUGGGGAGAUAAGGAAAAGAUGAGAUGAAAGAGGAGGAGAAGUGAGAGAUCCUUUAGAAGUCUUAGAAAUCCCUUUAAUGUAGAGAAGAAAAAUUGAGACAGGAUUUGUGUAUCUUUUUUAUUCUUCUUUUCUCCAAAUUGUAUCUUUAAUUUUUAUUAGACUUUAUUUUUCUGUUUUAGUUCUCUUUCCUGUUCUUUGCUUUCUCUUCUUUCUCUUCCUUCCCCUAUCCAUUUUUUCCUUUCUUCCUGCAAACUGUAUCUUUCAUUUUGUUUUUAUUUCUCUUCUUUACAUUUCUCCUCCUCCUCCUCCUCUAUCCCAUUUUUUCCUUACUUCCUCCAAACUGCAUCUUUGAUUUUGAUGUUUUCUACCAUUUCAUUACUCUUCUUCCUCUUCCUUCUACUCCUCCUCCUCCUCCUCCUCCUCCUCCUCCUCUUCUCAUUGAAACAUUCUCUUGUCUUUUUGCUGGAAGUGAUAUUUUGUAGAAGGAAGCGAUGUGUGUGUGUGUGUGUGUCCGUGCGAGUAUGUGCAUUAGUGCGUGUGUUCAUUUACAGUAAUUUUCACCAGCCAUAUUUAGAGAACAGAGUAGCAGCAGGAAGAAAUAGGAGUACAUUUACAUUAUUACCAGCCUCUCCAUUGCUAGUGGUGCUGAUGGUGAUUGUGGCAGUGUAUGGGUGUGCCCUUGAAACAUUCCAGCUUUGUAUGAGCUUCGAGUGGCAUUAACAAGGCACUCUAGCCAUAGGUGGGGUAAUAUGUCCCAGAAAUUCAAUUCAAAUUUGUUUUACACUAAUCAGUCCCAGUUUGUAUUAAGCAAGGAGGUUAUGAAGGGUGUGUCUGUAAAUAAGAAUAGAUUGUUUUUAACCCUACCAGAAGUGAGAAUAGGGUUUAAACUGUCACCCUGCCAGAGAGAACAGGGCUUUAGUCAUUACCCUGCCAUAAUAUUUGAUUGAAUAAGUUAGCACCUGGCCAUGAAGAACAGGAAUUAAAUGACUACCCUGCCAGGAAACAGAAACAUUAGAUUAUAACCCUGCCACAAAGAAUAAGGUUUAAGUCAUUACCCUGUCAAAAAGAACACAGGUUAAGUUACCCUGCCAGGAAGUUUGAACAAGGAAGUUAUUUAGUCUGCCAAUAAGUGCAAACGGGGAUGAAAAAUUUACCAGAUAUUGAGAACAGAGCUUGAGAUUGAGACAAAUAACAUAGAAGAGAGUAAGAGAGUGCAGUUCCUCUCCUAAUGGUGCCCUACAGUGAGUCAAAUUUAACAAGGUUGCUGCCACAUUAACCUCUUUAGUACUGGGAUGCACGUCAUGGUACUGAAGGGGUUAAGGAGUGUGAUGGAGGCACAGCACAAAGCAAAGAAGUGAUAGUGUGUGGUGUUUUAAGCAUCAUUGUACUGCUCUUUUUUUUUUUCUCUCUCUCUCUUUGGCCGAGGGAAACAAAAAUGAUUAAACAAAAAUAAGGCCCACAUAGAUGACAGUCCUCGAGCAUGUUUAAGAGAGUUAGCCAAAUGAAAGGGAUAAAUGUCUUGAAAUGUGCUCCCAGUUGUUUAUCCACUGUCUUGGUGUGGCUUGGAGAAAAAGCAUCAUUCAUUUCUUUCAUUUAAGAGAUAAACAGGAAAAGACUGUAUUGAUUUAUUUUAAUUUUUAUUUUCUUAUUCAUUUAUUAUUAUAUUUUUUUUUUUUAAAGUUAGAAGUGAUACAUCAAAAUUUAUGUGAUGUGUAUGUAUGUAUGCAUGUAUGUAUGUAUUAUAGCCAUUUCCUUCAUCUUUGCUUUCAUUUCAGAUGUGUUUAUGUAUGUGAUAUCUCAUGUGACUUGUAUGUAUGCCUGUCUGUGUGUUUUGGGUAUGCAUGUGGGUACCAUUUCUCUAACAAGUGUUCAUGAGACAAAUGAACUCGAGAUCACUGAAACAAGACAGAGAGAAAAGACAGGACAAUAGGACAAGAAAGGCCCACGUUGCCUCACUUAUUGGGUGGUUUUGAAAGAAAUGUACAGAAUAUAUGACUUAAUUUACCAGUGUUUGGGUGGUGAUAAAACAAGGAUACAUUUUUCCAGUUGUUGUGUGAUGGAAAGACUGUAAACUGUAGCAUAUGGAAAGACUGUAUUCUGCAUUGCUUUCAGACUGUACUAGUGGAAGUUAUUGGAGUUUUCAAGGUCGUUUAGUUUAUGAUUCUAGUGAAGGAGGGAAAUAUGUCAAUUGAAACAAAGCAAAAAGACCAUUUUGAAUUAGUAGUAGAAGUUAUUGGAGAUUUCAAGGUUGUUUUCUUCAUUCUAGUGAUUGAGAAGCAAACUAUUAAUGAAAGAGAGAAGUGUCAACAGAAACAACAAAAAGAUUAUUCUGCAUUAUUUUGAAGGGUGUGGUGGAAGUUAUUGGCGUUGUCAAGGUUUUCCUUCAAGUUUCUAUAGUGACAGUUUCAGUUUGAUAUAUUAGCUACCAGUUAUAGGGAGAAAAUGUCAUUGCAAAAAGACUAUUCUGUGUCCCUUGAGACAGACUGUAGUGGAAGUUACUGGAGUUUUUAAAGGUAUAUUUGUUUUUUGUUGAUAGGUAAAUGAAAUAACAUGACAAGAAUUCCAACAAAUUUUUUUGAAGAUUGAGUUUUGAAGAGUGUUUUCAUAAUUCCAUUGAUAAUUGUAUUAUUAAGUUAGGCUAGAGAGAAGAAAACAUGAGAAUUCCAUUAACUACCUGUAACUCUGAAGAACAGAGAGAACAAGCUGAAGAAUACAGGUCUUUCAUUGUGUUGCAGGGAAUGACUUAGGAAGAUGAUGAUGAUGAUGAUGAUGAUGUUGAUGUGAAAGUAAUGGGGUUCCAGAUAACUGAGAGAAAGUCAAGUCCAAACAAAUUAAUAAAAUAAGGCUACUGC